CUCUCAUCUUGCUUAACCACCACGCCCCUUUUCUGUAAUUUUCUCGCAUUUGGAUCACCUUUAUUCACUGAUGUGAAAUCUUAUAUAUUCCAACCGAGACACUUGCUCUAUAAACAAGGACAGAAUCUUCAUUUGCUUCAAAACCCAACAUACAUUGAGAUCACAACAACACACCAUGAUGAAGCAGUGGUUCUUUGGAGCUGGUUUGUUGGUUCUGUUAGUGGCAGUUGAAGUAGAAGCAGAUGGUUUUGUGAAGACAAGAGGGGUGCAGCUUGUGCUGAAUGGUAGCCCCUACUAUGCCCAUGGUUUCAAUGCUUACUGGCUCAUGUACAUGGCCUCUGAUCCAUCUCAGAGGACCAAGGUCUCCUCUACAUUUCAAGAGGCUUCAAAUAAUGGCCUUAACAUUGCAAGAACUUGGGCUUUCAGUGAUGGUGGAUAUAAACCUCUUCAAUACUCUCCUGGUUCUUAUAAUGAGCAAAUGUUCCAGGGGUUGGACUUUGUAAUAGCGGAAGCCGGAAAAUAUGGGAUAAAGCUUGUGUUGAGUUUGGUGGAUAACUAUGAGAAUUUUGGAGGGAAGAAGCAAUAUGUGGAGUGGGCAAGGAAUGAGGGUGGACAGUCCAUUUAUUCUGAGGACGAUUUCUUCACAAAUUCAGUUGUUAAGGGAUACUACAAAAAUCAUAUCAAGACUGUACUUACAAGACGUAACAGCAUCACUGGUGUUGCUUACAAAGAUGACCCAACCAUAAUGGCCUGGGAGCUUAUGAACGAAAUUAGGUGCAAAUCAGAUCAAUCAGGAAAUACAGUUCAGGGUUGGAUUAGUGAGAUGGCAUCUUACUUGAAAUCCAUAGAUGGAAACCACUUGCUAGAAGCUGGUCUUGAGGGUUUCUAUGGUCAAUCAAAGAGUGACUCUAAUCCCAACUUCCAAGUUGGAACAGAUUUUAUUGCUAAUAACCAAAUCCCCGCCAUUGAUUUUGCAACAGUCCACGCCUACCCUGAUCAAUGGUUAUCAAGCUCAAGCUAUGAAGAUCAAAUGUCUUUCUUGGGAAAGUGGCUAAAUGAGCACAUCCAAGAUGCACAAAACACCCUUCACAAGCCAAUACUAGUUGGGGAGUUUGGUGUUUCAACAAAGAGUUUUGGUUCUAACUUAGAACCAAGGGAAAGGUUUUACAACACCGUGUAUUCUGCCAUAUACUCAUCGGCAAGUGGUGGUGGUGCCGCUGUUGGCGGCUUGUUCUGGCAACUUCUGGCUCAAGGAAUGGAUUCGUUCCGAGACGGUUAUGAGGUUGUGUUAGAUGAGAACCCCUCCAUGGCUGCUUUGAUCUCUCAAGAGUCUCAGAAGCUGAACCGAAUUCGCAAGAUGUAUGCCAGACUUAGAAACAUUGAGAAGUGGAACAAAGCAAGGGAAAUCAGAAGCUCACAAUGGCAUGGUGGUUCUGAUGCCAGAAACUGAGAUAAGCUUCACCAUGCAAUAUGUCAUAUUACUAUAUAUUUUAUGAGUGAGUGAGAGUGAGACCGAGGAAACAAGAGUUGCCAAAUUUGUAAGCAUUGUUUGACAAUGAAUUGUUCUUCACAA